AGCUGCAAAGCAACAGCAACAUCAGCGCUGCUGCAUGAAUUGGGCUCAAACGCGAAGAGUCGCGAGCAAUUUUGCCAGCGGCCGACUUUCAGCGAUAUUGAAGGGGCCUGGUAGAGCUGCCAACAUGUCGACCGCGGCAGCGCAGGAGCCGGAGGUGCUGGUGGACAUGAAGGGCUCCGUCGCUGUCGUCACGCUGAACCGGCCCAAGGCGCUCAACUCCCUGAGUCUAGGCAUGGUGCAGCAGCUGCUGGCGCUGAACACACAGAUCACGGCACAGCCGCGGCCGGGCGAGCCGGUGUCGUGUGUGGUGGUGAAGGGCGCAGGCGGCAAGGCCUUCUGCGCGGGCGGCGAUGUCAAGGAGUUGGUGGUGAGGGCCCUGGCGCGCAAUGCCGCCGGCGCCUCCGCGUCCGGCCCCGACCCCGCGGCCUUCGGCGUGGCCUUCUUCCGUACCGAGUACGCCAACAACGCCGCCAUCAGCCAGCUGCCGGUGCCGUACGUGGCGCUGAUUGACGGCAUCUGCAUGGGCGGCGGCGUGGGUGCCUCCUUCCACGGCGCCUUCCGAGUGGCCACCGAGCGGACGAUUCUGGCCAUGCCCGAGGCGGGCAUCGGCCUGUUCCCGGACAUUGGCGCCUCCUUCUUCCUGCACCGCCUGCCUGGCUGCCUGGGGAGAUACAUGGGCCUGACGGGGGAGAGGCUCACAGGCGCGGAGGUAAAGGACGCGGGCUUCGCCACACACCUGGUGCGCUCAGCCCGCAUCCCGGAGUUGGAGGCUGCGCUGGUGGCGCUGGGACCUCGUGCCGCCGACCUUUCCGUGGUUGACAACCUGAUCCGCUCUUUUGAGGAGCCGCUCGUCAUGGCGGGUGCCGGCGCUGCCGGCAGCCUCAGCAGCAGUGCGCUGCUGGAGUGGAAGCUGCCCCUGAUCAAUGUGCACUUUGGGUGCGGCGGCGUGGAGGAGGUCAUUGCCUCGCUGGAGGGCGCGGUGGCGGCGGCGGAGGCGGCUGUGCAGCAGCCGGCGGCGGGGUCGUUGGAGGCCGCGCAGGCGGCUUUUCUGAAGUCCACAUUGGCAGCGAUGCGGAGGGGCUCGCCGCUGUCCCACGCCAUGACGUGGGAGAUGCUGCGGCGCAGCGCCGCCGGCCACAUGACGCUGCGGCAGGCGCUGGAGAUGGAGUUUGUGAUGGCGGCGCGCUGCGUGCACGGCCAGGCCGACUUCCUGGAGGGCGUGCGGGCGCUGCUCAUCGACAAGGACAACAAGCCGGCGUGGAAGUACGGCAGUGUACGGCAGAUCCCCGGCGAGGUGGUGGCGGCGCUGUUCGAGCCGCUGCCGGGGGAGGGCCCGCUGUUUGGGGGGUCGGGGUCGGGGAGCGGGAGUGGGCCGGCGUCGCGGAUGUAGGGUAAUGGCCUGUUGGUGUGGUGGGGGACUUGUCGAGGUUGCGCGCGUUUCGUGCGUGUGGGUGCAGGAUGGCAGGGUUGCUGGAGCUUGGUCGGCGGUUGACAUAUGGUAGGGCCAUAGGGGUGGGGGUUUCAGUGCUUAUGUCGCUGUGUACAACCGUGUUGUAUACCGUAGCCUGUCCCAGGGAGCCCGAAUGUACGGAUGAGUGGCGGGCGAGUCGAAUGCGAUUGCGAGACAAACACAACCGGAGUGUGAGGAAGCGCCGCGGGUUGGCAUUGGGAGUGUCGCGGCUGAAGUUCGGGACAGAGCUGCGUCGCGCGCCCUAAGGACCGAGUGCGUAGGAGGUGUUGCAGCGCUCCACGCGCCACGAUUUGCGGGCAUUGCAGUCCUUGUGAAAUGUUGUACGAGCCAGCGAUUGCCGCCCGAUUCCGCAAGUCCAUAAGGCCACUUCUUGCCUUUUUCUGCAGCAGAGCGAGUAUCGGCGGCGGUGGCCAUGGGCAAGGCCAAACAAGCGAAAGACCCGGAGGCAUCUCUGAUCCGGGCGUGGGUGUUGUCUGAUGAGGGCACUGCGGCGCGAAAGGGCCUGGACACGCGUAGCGAAAAGAUGCUGUCUUUUCUUGACCCCGCGGGCAACAAGGUGGAGGUCAAAGCCGGGAAGGCCAACUAUGUGGCCAACAACAUUAAGAAGGCGCAAAGGAUUGCCCAGAAGCAGGCGGCCAAGGGCGCGGUUGGUUAGGUGCCGGUUGGGGUAUGGAAUUGACGGCGUUGAGCUCCAUUAUGUCCACAGCGCUGCGCGUGUCAGCUGGAUUGCUGGAAGCCUGGACCUGUGGUGCCAGGCAGUCAGGAUGACAUGGUGCGACACCAGCGCUCGUAUCUUCCUUCGUUCGGAACGAAAUUUGCCCAAAAAGGCCUCUGGCGGACGAAAUUCUUUUGAUCUUGACUUGGAAUUUCGGCCAAAACGCACGGGAUCUUGGGGGGUCUUUCGGCAAACAGACGAAGACAUUUUUGGGAUUUCGGCCACUUUUGGCCAAGGACAGGGGGUUCCAGCGGCUACUCCACGGCCCAAACCUGCGUGGCAUAUGGUAAGAAGGCUCAAAGGGCUGUAUCUAUGGGUGUUGACGGCGGGAGACAGGGGUUCCCCUGGCGGGAGAGUGAGGUUGGGUCGGCGGGAAGCAGGGGAGGAGUUGGCGUGUCGUGUCGGUGUCGACAUCGUGCGGGUC